UGGUAUCCAAACACGUCCGUAAGUGUGUGUACAGAACAACGCGGCUUGUACACCAGUGUGGUGUGUGAAGUUUUGUGCUGCCUCGUUGGGUUCGUUAUCUAUUCACUCGUUUUAUUUUUGGAGAAAUGGUGUUCAUAAAGGACUUGUGAUCUUGAAGGAAUUAUAUUUUUGGUGAGUUUCUUUCAAAUUCAAACCCGUCUGUAUUGCAAACGUUCAGGUGAUCCUGUGUUACGUAGUUUACUAGGGGCUAGGCCGCAUUGGUGAUAUCCCACGACCACUAAGUUUGUUGCAGAGAGGGCCUGAAUUGAGGAUUGACGUACCCACUUACUACUACUGAAACAGGCCUAGACUUAGGCCCUAUGUGACAAAUACAACCAGUAGAGAUUGUUUUCGCCCAGUUACUUUGGAUAUAAUAUUUUUCAAGGAUGGAUAUUCACUCUGCCGUUCGUCGUUUUUGGAUUCCUGUUUGCCUGAUACUUUUUGGAUUAUCUUGUGUUGCUGUCAAUACGCAAACUGCAUUUUUGAAGGAGCCACAAACUGAAAUAGUGGACCAAGGAACAAAUCAUGUAUUGGAAUGUAGCGUCAAUAAAACCUAUGUUAUUGGGUUGUUAUCAGUUUAUUGGUUAAGACAGGACGUAGUCAUCGCCGAGCGUACGUUAAUUGAAAAAGAAGCAUUAAAGGAAUUUGUUGGUGACGAUGAAGAUCAAUUGAAUCGGUAUACAAUUGCGAAAACUGAACAAGGUAAUAUUGCCAAUUAUGAACUUCACAUUGACAGGACACAGGGUGUGGACUCUGGUGAUUACAAAUGUGUAAUUUGUGAGCACUCAUCGUUGUCAUUUGACUGUUUAAAAAUUACUGAACAUCAAUCACAAGUAGCAACAUUUACUGUAAGAUACACACCGUCUGUGCCGGAAUACCCGCAGUGUACCGGACUGGACACUCAGGUGUCUGUCAACACUGACGUUGAAGUAACAUGCACAUCACAGAUUGGUGAGCCUAAAGUUGAGUUGAAAUGGAAAAACAAUGGUGUUGAGGUCAGUUCCGUAACAGAAAGAGAAGACUUGGAGAAAAAAAUGAUUUAUCUCAUGUACUCGUUUACAGCAACACUUGCCAGUUCAGGAAUUGUGUUAAGUUGUUCAUCAAGUAGCUCAUAUUUUCCAUCGUAUUCUGGAUCCUGUAGCUUUAAUCCACUUGUUGUUGUUGACAUGCCAGUUGUUACUGUGACCUCAGGAGCUACGGAAUACGAAGAGGGAACACAGGCUAAUUUUACUUGUGCGGCAUCAAGUGCAACACAGAUAACAAACUUUGAUUGGACUGUCGGUAAUAUACCAAGCAGUAGGUAUACACAGGUUGAUUUAGAAACAAAGUCUAUCUUAACAAUCGCGUCAGUGCAACUGAGUGACCACCGGUCAGUCAUUAAGUGUGUUGUGACCAAUAGCCAGGGUCAAAAUGGCCAGGAUCAGGUGAUCAUGGACGUCGUAGGUGGGCCUACAGGAAUCAUUCCAACAAGUAGGAAUGACCCGUCUACUACAAAAGCAUUGACAACUAAGGAAAUAAUAGUUAUCACAACAUCUGAGCCAGGAGGAAGUGGUGGAAAUAUUGGUGCUGCAGUUGGUGGCGCUGUUGCAGGUUUUGUUAUCGUUCUCUUGUUAAUAUUGAUUGUUUUAUAUUGUUACAAGCAAAGAAAUACUAAGAAUAGAAAAGAGAAGGAAAUAGUAUCUAUCGGUGCACCACAAAAUGGGUUAAGUAACCAUGUGCCCACAAAAAAGAUUGAGUAUGAAGAUGAUGAUGUGAAAAAGGAACCCCUCCCUGCCUCUGAGCCAGAUGUGGUUCCAAGGCAACACAAUGGUAACCAUGAUCCACGCAGUUGGUGGCGUGAAUCCAUGCCGGGAGAUUCUUAUCGCAAAGAUGACAAUGAAUAUCCAACUAUUAAACGUAUGCAGAUGCCUUUUACUCAACGCCAACCAUCUUUGGAAAAUCUGCAAGAGCGAGUUGAGAUGGAUAAUUAUCGUAGCGGCUCUAACGAUUAUGACGAUCGCCAAUCAGAAAGUUAUCGCGAGGCUCCAACUGAUGGUCGCUACGAUUACAAUCCUUCACCAAGUGUUCACGGUAGUGACAUGGGCUCCCAUCCACCAAUGAAUCAGUAUAAUGAUUAUCACAACCCACAGUUUGAUCACCCAGAUAGCUACCAUCGCCCUCCAUCGGUGGAUCAUUACAGUGACUAUAAUUAUCCCCAGGAAGACCCUCGAUUACAUCAUUCCCGUUCCCCUGUGAAUUAUGGUCCACCACCUCAAGAAAGAUAUGACAAUUAUAGGGAUUAUGGUAGCUAUGAUCGUAGGACCCCUGGCAAUGGUUAUGGCCACAGGCCAGGAAUUGAUAACCCAAGCUAUAGGGGAGAAAUGUACCAAGAUAAUGAUAUUUAUGAACGCAAUCCAAAUUACCCAGUGAAUUACGAUCCUGGCUACUCUGAGGACGGCUCGGUGUUCAGUGGUAGUACAGAUAGGUAUUAUGAUCACGACCCACGAAUGGAAGAAGCUCGUUCUCCUCCAUUUUACCCUGAUAAUAAUGGUUAUGCCUCAUCAGAUCGCCCCAUUAGUCCAUAUGCUGAUAUUCCACCAGGUCAGACUAAUAACUCUAGUGAUGUUUUAUACAUGCAAGGACAUGAUGUUGAUACGUCUGAUCCCAGCUAUGUUUAGAAUUAUGUUUUUUUUACAUAAUGGACCUAAUCUGGUCAGUAUGUUUGUGUUAUAAGCGCGUACUGUUCUAAAUUUCUCUUUUAAAUCCUGUUAAAUUACAUUUGAGCGACACUGCGGAAGUGUUUGUUUAAGUAUUAUUUAAAGUAAUUCUUACUCCAUUCUUGUGAAAUGAACAUCUACAUACACAUAGUUUCUCCAGUCAUGUGAUUUUUAAAUUUUAAACCAAAAAUUUGGCGGAAAAAUUACAAAUUUUCACUAUAAUUUUUGUUUAUAUUGUAUUGUCAUUCAGGAACAGAUUAAUACUGUGUUCUUCUUACUUUUAACACAUUGACUGCCAAUAGAGCUGUGCAUUGGUGUGUGCUAUAAGCUUUACAGUGCGUUUUUUAGGACCACACGCUGGAUUGGUGGCCGGUCAGCAUUGUGUGCGAGUGCUUAUCAUACUCAACGCCGUUCUGCUGACUGCCGAUUUUGUUCAGAAUUAUUAAAAAGAUGAGAAAACAAAAAAGUUUAAGCGUGACAAAAUUUUUUUACCGCAGCUCCAACCAGACCUUCCAUUUGUCAAGUUCCUUCCUGGGCCCCUCUGUUUCAAAUUCAUGGAUCCACCACUGGUGUCUAUUGCUGACACAGUGUGUUGUCUGCCUUAAUUGUUUUUAUAAACGAAGUUGGGACUGCACUAAAUGUUCUACAUUUUACUUGCACAAUCUUACAUGGCAACCAAUGUGUUAGAAAUUAAAUGUUAAUCAAGUAUCUGCCUUAAUAUGAACAUGUUUAACUGGUGCUAAGGUAAAUAUAAUCGCCAUACAGGUAACUAGUGACUGGAAAUUAAAUGUACAGGGUACAUUAAUGUAUUUGGCUAAAACUAGUCAGUUGAACUGUGAUUCUGAACAUUACAAUAUUCCGGUGUUUCGAACAAUGUUGCACUGACAUAUGGUGUUAAUAUCGGCUUUAAAGUUUUAUAUUCCAAGAAACUGUAUGCUCUUGUAAUUGUUAUAAAUAAUUACAAAAGCUUACAGUAUGCUUUUGUAAUUAUUAAGUAGUUUAAAUGAAUUACUAAGCUGAAACUUACAAAUAAUUAAAAUUCAAUUUUCCUUAUCUGAAUUUAUUGGUUUUUACAAGUUUCUUCCUGUUGCCGAGAUUAAAUCUUUGUAUAUUUGCAUUAUUGAUUAUAAAAAGUGUUUGUUCGUGUAGGCAUAAUUGAUAAUAUUAAGUUCAUCAAAGUGUUUUGUAUUAUUAGCAAUCAGAAUGGAGGGGGGUGGGCAGAACAAAAUAUUGAUAUUGUCAGAAACAGUUGACGAAAGUGUAAUGAAAUGUAAUAUAAUGUUAAAUCCUGUUUUUUUUGCUCAAUUAAUUUGGUUUCUACCAAUAAUUUCUAUUAUUAGUAUGUUAAAGAGAUUUAGGUCUUGAUGGAUUUGUUGAUUGAAUCAUUUCUUCAUUGAUUUUAGCUGAAGAUUUAGUUGAAUAAAGUCAAAGCUUAACAAUUCAUAACAUAAGUUUUUAUAUUAACCUAUCAACCCAAUGGUUAAACACCCACCAAGGUUUAAGAAUGUUCAUAUAAAUUAUUGAAAUUUAAUUUUGAUUUUUUUUGUAUCAAUUGAUCAAUUCGAUUGUAUUAUAUUGGUACAUUGUGUGUAUAUCGUUGUUUGUUUUUUUUUCAUAGCAACUAAAAGAUGUUUUUUUCUGAUAAAUCUCAUAUUAUCCUGUCAAUAUGGCUAGCUAUGAGACAUUUAGUCGUGAUUGAUUAACUGUAUGUCUCCAUGUAAUAUUUUAUGUUUAUAAUACUUCUAUGAGUUGAUAUUCAUUUUACUGCAGUAUUUAAUCAUAUUUCUAAGUAAUGUACCAUCUGUCAAGAGGACAUAGUUGUUAAUAUUUUGAACAAGAAUCAUUUUGUAAGUAAGUUUUGAAGAUGUAUAUUUCUAACUUUUUUUCAAUUGUAUUGCAAUUAUUUUUGUCAUACUAUACAGUACAUCAUCAUACUGUGUGUGUCUCUUUGUAAAUCUUCUUUCAAAAAGAUUACUGUCUAAAAACGUAACAUUAUUAUUAUGUAAAUACAGAUGUAGUGAUUUUGAUAUGCAAAACUUUUAAAAUCUUUCUUUUACAAUCAGUAUAGAGAUGGAUGGCAUUACAUUGUGUUUGGGCUACAGUCGUACAUUCCAUGGAAAGGUUCCAAGACCAAUCUCCUGUACAAUAUUACAGUAGUUGAAAGACUUCAUUUAUGAAGAGUUUUCAUUGUACAGAAAAUAUUUGUAAUAAUUUUGUCCAGAUGAAGGCUUAAUCUCUAUGCUGUACUAGGCCUUCCAGUUAUGACAUAUGACCCUUUCACGCACCAUGCCCAGUUAACCGAAACAUGAAAUCCAUCUCUAUAAAUAAUUGCUAUAUUUUUGAUAAAAUAUUGUAAGCUUUGUUGAAUUAGAUGAUAAAUUUAUCAGAUUAUGUAAAAUCUAUGGGAAGACUGCGAUUAAAAUGAAUUUACAAUAACUUUAAGACCAAUCGUAGUUGUAUUAUAUUGUGUACAUGUACAUAACAUAAACUUGUAUUUCUUAUCGCCAUGUUAAAAGAACUCUUGUACUUUGGUCAAGUAGGGUCGACGUGAAACAUUUAGCUGGAAUACGAGAAGUCUAGUCAAACAAUAAGAGAUUAACAGCUGAUAUUUUGGUGCUCUAUCAUCCCACCCAUCGUAUGAGGUGUGAGUGUUGGGAUAACACCUGUGUAAUGAAGAAUCGGAUUUUGGGUUGUAUGCAUCAGGUGUUGAAUAAAUCCUAUGGAAAUUA